AUGUCCUCAUUAGAAAAGGAUUCAAAAUCAGAUAUCUCAUCAACAACUAACAAAAACGAUCAAUCAAAUCAAGAACAACAAUCACAUAAAAGUCAUUAUCACCCAAAUCCAUUAUUACAAACCCCUGAAUUUAAUACAAAUCAUUUACAUCAUGAAUCAAUACGGAAUUUGAUUGCAUCUAAUUUUAAACAUCAAAGUGAUCAAUCUUUAAAUAAACAAGAUCAACAACAAGAUUUACAUGGAAAUAGUACGAAUUCAACUCCACCUUAUUCACCAAGUCUAAAAUAUCAUCGUAAAAAAUCAAAUUCAAUAAGUAAUGGAGUCUUAUCAAGAUCAAGAGCUUCCAAAAAAGUAUCAUUCUCAAAUUUUAAUUCAAAUAAUAUUUCAAAAAAUUUCGAAAAUGUAUCAUCUUCUUCAUCAAAUGCUUCAAUUGAUAAUUCUGAUAAUUCAAGUGAUGAAGAAGAAGAAGAUGGAUCAACGUCAUCAACAAAUGAAGGAAGUGAUAAGUUUAAUCAAGGUGAUGUGACCUUACGUCGACCUGAUUUUAAUGGAUCUCAUUCAUCACCGAAAAUUAAUAAAUAUAAUAAACAUAGUUAUCAAAUAGAUAAUGAUGAUUAUAUAAAAAAUCAAAGAUUAGCUCAAUUCACGACUAGUGUUACUCCAUCUCCUGCAAGUUUAUCACCAGCAAUGUCAUCAGUUGCAUUACAUAAUAAAAGAAAUAGAAUGAAUAGAUCACCAAAAUUCCAUUAUGGUGGUGAAAAAUUAGCAUUAUCAAAAUCAUUAGAUUCACAAUUAUUAGAUUAUAGUGAUUCAAAUAAUUCAGUAAGCAGUUUUUUACCUGAAUUUAAUAAACGUCCAUUAACUGAUACUCCAAUGGUAUCUCAUGUUGGUUCACCAAUAACCAGAGAUCAGUCUGAUAAUGAUCAUGAAGAAGAAGAAGAAGAAGAAGAAGAAGAAGAAGAAGAAGAAGAAGAAGAUAAUGAUAAAACAGUUGAAGCAAUAGAUCCUAAUGAUCCAAAAAAAGACGAUUUACAAAAGACUAAAGGUAAAAAUAUUUCACAUUUAAAUUUAUCAGAGUUAGCUGAUAAUUCAUCUUCUUUAUCUGAAACAGAAUCAUUAAAUAAAGCAAGAAAUUCAGCUGCUCAUGCAGGUGCUUCAUUAGUUGGAACACAAUCAACUUUUACAUCAGAUAUAAGAAGACCAACAUUUACACCAUCAACUUCAGCACCACUUAUAAAAAAUCAUGAAUUUUUAGCUGAAGAUACUCAUUCAAGUCUGGUUAGUCCAAUGAGUUCAAUAUCAGAAGCUCAAAAGAAAGUAAUGGAAAAUCAACGUAAAGAUUCAGAAUUAGUAAGAAAAGAGCAGAGAGGUUUAGAGAUAGAAAAAGAACAACAAAAGCAAAAAAUGGGAGAUGAUAAACAACAAACCAAUAAAAAAUUUAAUAUAACUCAAGAUAUUGCACAUUUAUUAAAAGAUGUACCACCACAUAUGAAGGAACAAUUUGAAAAAACUCCAUCGAUUGAAAAACUAAAAAAUUUGCUAUUAACUAAACCACCACCAUCAGCAAGGAAAACAUACACUUUAAAUAUCCCAGGUCAAACAAAAUCUAAAACUUCACCUGAUGGUAAAAUUGCAUCAAUUGAUGUUGGAUCAAAAUUAGUUAUUGUUAUGGUUGGAUUACCAGCAAGAGGUAAAUCUUAUAUUACAAAUAAAUUAACAAGAUAUCUUAAUUGGUUACAACAUGAUUGUAGAGUUUUCAAUGUUGGAAAUACAAGAAGGAAAAGUAAAUUAAAUGCAGGUCCUGAAAAGAAUCCAUUACCUGAUUCUCAUACACCAACUGAAGCUCAAUCACCUGUACAAAAUGGUAUAAGUAUUAACAGUGGUGAUUCCGAGAAAAAGGAAUUAGCAGCAACUAAAGGUGCUGAACAUGAUGCUAAUUUUUUCAACCCAGAAAAUAAAGCAAGUACUACUUUAAGAGAAAAAUGGGCAAUGGAUACAUUAGAACAAUUAUUAGAUUAUGUUAUAUUAGGAAGUGGAUCAGUUGGAAUAUUUGAUGCAACAAAUUCAACAAAACAUAGAAGAAUGAAAGUCCUAAAAAGAAUUCAAGAAAGAAGUAAUGGAGAAUUAAAAGUUUUAUUUUUAGAAAGUAUAUGUAGUGAUCCACAAAUUAUUGAAAGUAAUAUAAGAUUGAAAUUAAGUGGACCAGAUUAUAAAAAAAUGGAUCCUGAAGUUGCAUUAAAAGAUUUUGUUGGUAGAUUACAAAAUUAUGAAAAAGCUUAUGAAACAAUAGAUGAAGAAGAAGAAAAAAUUCCUGGAUUUCAAUAUGUUAAAAUGAUUGAUGUUGGUAAAAAAGUUGUUAGUUUUAAUAUUCAAGGUUUUUUAUCAUCACAAACUGUUUAUUUCUUAUUAAAUUUUAAUUUAUGUGAAAGACAAAUUUGGUUAACAAGACAUGGAGAAAGUAAAGAUAAUGUAAGUGGUAGAAUUGGAGGAGAUUCAAAAUUAACUAAAAGAGGUAAAAAAUUUUCAAAAGCAUUAUCAAAAUUUAUGAAUUAUCAAAGAGAAGAAUUCAGAAAACAACAAUUGGAAAGAUUUUCAUCAAGAUUAGAAUUAAAAUAUAAUUCAAUUUUUAAUGAAGAAGAUGUUACAACUAUUCCAACAGAACCAAAUUUUUGUGUUUGGACAUCAAUGUUAACUAGGGCAGUUGAAACUGGUGAUUAUUUUAAUGAACAAUUAUAUUCUGUAAAACAAAUGAGAAUGUUGAAUGAAAUAGGAGCUGGUAAAUGUGAAGGAAUGACUUAUGAAGAAAUUCAACAUAAAUAUCCAAAAGAAUUUCAACAAAGAUUAGAUAAUAAAUUAACUUAUAGAUACCCAGGAGUUGGUGGGGAAAGUUAUUUAGAUGUAUUAACAAGGUUGCGACCAUUAAUUACUGAAAUUGAAAGAACAACAGAUCAUUUAUUAAUUAUAAGUCAUAGAGUUGUAUUAAGAAUUUUAAUAAGUUAUUUUUUAAAUUUACAACCAUUAGAUAUUGUAACUUUAGAUGUUCCAUUACAUUCAUUAUAUAAAUUAGAAACUAAUCCUUAUGGUACUACUUAUUCAUUAUAUUCAUAUAAAGAAGAAAUUGAUUGGUUUAUUGAAACAAAACCUGAACAUCAAAAAAAUGUACAAGAAAUGGGUCUUGCUUUUAAUGAAAAAAGAUUUUCAAUUGUUCCUACUGUACCUUCUAAACAUUCAUUAUAA